AAAAAACAUGAACAUGAUUACAAACACUGAUAAAGCAAGUGGGAAGGGGCGUGAAUAGCAAAAUUUUCGCCCAAACCCAAAGCCAAACCCAUAACCAAUUUCUUAAUUUUCCCUAAGCAGCUGAAGCUUCAAAGUUUUCAAUUCACCGACGGAUUUUGGGGUUUUUGGAGCAUAUCGAAUUGUCAUCAUACGCCUUUACGGAGAGAGCAGCAGAGCAGCAGAGCAGAGACUUCGCUACUUCUCUCGGCUGUCUCCUUCGCCAUUUCCAUUACUAACUAGCUCUCUCUUUCUAUCUCUCUUCCGGUGACUGGUGACCGGCGUUGGCGUUGGCGUUGGCCUUUCCUUCUCUGUACCCACUUCCUCCGUUGGGCCCGAGGGGGCUUUUGAGCUGCUAAGGCCACCAGUGGAUUGGUCUGUCAGUCAUUGUUCUUUGUUUACUCGGUGGGGAGGAUUGAACAUUUCGUGUUAGGCUGAAGAAGCUUCUGAUUUGGUGCCGUGGGUUCUACCUUAAAGCCAUAUUGGAGGUAUCAAUGAUGGAUUGUUGAUACUCUAAUCUGAGGGUGCGGUUCGGCAUAAAUGGAGUGGAUAGAUAAAGACGAUAGCAGUGAAAGGGAGAUAGUCCCUGUGAAAGAAAAUGGUUUCUUAGAAGGAUCAGAGUCUUCUUCCAGAAGGAGUUCGUCUCCGGCCAGCACGGAUUCUGCAGAGAAGAAGGUUGAAGGCAAGAAUGGUCUCUUAUUUGCCAACAUUCUUCGAUCAAGAAACAAGUUUGCAGAUGCUCUUGUUCUUUACGAGAAAGAAUUAGAGAAAGAUAGUGAAAAUGUGGACGCUCAUAUUGGGAAAGGAAUAUGCCUACAGAUGCAGAACAUGCUCGGGCCUGCAUUUGAAAGUUUUGCAGAAGCCAUCAGGUUGGACCCACAGAAUACUUGCGCCUUCACGCAUUGUGGUAUUAUAUCCAAGGAGGAAGGUCGUCUUGUGGAGGCUGCUGAGUCAUAUCAAAAGGCUUUGAGAGUAGACCCUUCUUACCGACCAGCUGCUGAAUGUCUAGCAGUUGUUUUGACUGACCUAGGGACCAGCUUGAAGCUUGCUGGCAACAGUCAGGAUGGAAUCCAGAAGUAUUAUGAAGCCCUCAAAAUAGAUCCGCACUACGCUCCGGUAUAUUAUAAUCUCGGUGUUGUCUAUUCUGAGAUGAUGCAAUAUGAUACAGCCCUUAAUUGCUAUGAGAAGGCUGCAGUUGAGAGACCCAUGUACGCUGAAGCAUAUUGCAACAUGGGCGUAAUAUAUAAAAACCGUGGGGACCUAGAGUCAGCUAUUGCUUGUUAUGAGAGGUGUCUAGCUGUUUCACCAAAUUUCGAGAUUGCAAAGAAUAAUAUGGCAAUUGCCUUGACAGAUUUAGGAACAAAGGUUAAACUGGAGGGUAAUAUAGCCCAGGGUGUAGCAUAUUAUAAGAGAGCUCUGUAUUACAAUUGGCACUAUGCUGAUGCUAUGUACAAUCUGGGGGUUGCAUAUGGUGAAAUGCUUAAAUUUGACAUGGCUAUUGUUUUUUAUGAGCUAGCUUUCCAUUUCAAUCCUCAUUGCGCGGAGGCAUGUAAUAAUCUAGGGGUUAUAUAUAAGGAUCAGGACAACCUGGACAAAGCUGUAGAAUGUUAUCAACUUGCCUUAUCGAUAAAACCCAACUUUUCUCAGUCCUUGAACAAUCUCGGUGUUGUCUACACGGUUCAGGGGAAAAUGGACGCUGCCGCAAGCAUGAUUGAGAAAGCUAUUCUUGCAAAUCCAACUUAUGCAGAAGCUUACAAUAACUUAGGAGUUUUGCAUAGGGAUGCUGGGAAUAUUUCCAUGGCAGUUGAUGCUUAUGAGCGCUGCCUUAAAAUAGACCCCGACUCCCGGAAUGCUGGCCAGAACCGACUGCUUGCUAUGAACUACAUUGAUGAAGGACAUGGCGAUAAACUAUACGAGGCUCACAGGGAUUGGGGCAGGCGAUUUAUGAGGCUGUAUCCACAAUAUACAUCAUGGGACAACCUUAAAGAUCCAGACCGUCAACUUGUUAUUGGCUAUGUGUCUCCCGAUUAUUUUACUCACUCCGUGUCUUAUUUCAUUGAAGCGCCCCUCGCCCAUCAUGAUUAUGCAAAGUACAAAGUUGUCGUCUAUUCGGCAGUUGUGAAGGCCGAUGCAAAAACUAUUAGGUUUCGGGACAAAGUCUUAAAACAAGGUGGGGUUUGGAGGGAUAUAUAUGGACUUGAUGAAAAAAGGGUUGCAAGCAUGGUCAGGGAAGACAAAGUGGAUAUAUUGGUGGAGCUUACUGGCCAUACAGCUAAUAAUAAGUUGGGGAUGAUGGCGUGUAGACCUGCGCCUGUUCAGGUAACAUGGAUUGGCUACCCGAACACAACUGGUUUGCCCACUAUCGAUUAUCGGAUUACAGAUGCGCUGGCGGAUCCUCCCAAUACAAAACAGAAGCACGUCGAGGAGUUAGUUCGGUUGCCAGAAUGCUUCCUUUGCUAUACACCUUCUCCUGAGGCUGGUACUGUGUCCAGUGCUCCAGCUCUUGCUAAUGGCUUCAUCACAUUUGGUAGCUUCAAUAAUCUAGCUAAGAUAACGCCUAAAGUCUUACAAGUUUGGGCAAGGAUUCUAUGUGCCAUACCGAAUUCUAGACUCGUCGUGAAGUGUAAGCCUUUCUGUUGUGAUAGUGUGAGACAGAAAUUUCUAUCAAUCUUGGAGAACCUUGGUUUAGAAUCGCAACGAGUCGAUCUUCUUCCUCUCAUUCUUCUGAACCAUGACCAUAUGCAGGCCUACUCCUUAAUGGAUAUUAGUUUGGAUACUUUUCCGUAUGCUGGAACGACAACUACAUGUGAAUCAUUGUAUAUGGGAGUUCCAUGUGUAACAAUGGCUGGAUCUGUUCAUGCUCACAAUGUUGGCGUUAGUCUUCUCACCAAUGUUGGUUUAGGACACCUUGUAGCUAAAAACGAGGAAGAAUAUGUAAAGUUGGCAUUGCAACUAGCAUCUGAUGUAACAGCUCUUUCUAACUUAAGAAUGAUUCUCCGGAAUCUCAUGGCGAAGUCUCCCGUUUGUGAUGGCCCAAAUUUCAUCCUUGGUCUGGAGUCCACAUAUCGUAAAAUCUGGCACAGGUACUGUGAAGGAGAUGUGCCAUCAUUGAAACGCAUAGAAAUCCUACAACAGCAAGAAGCUAUGGAAGAGCCAAUCACUCCGACAUCUAUCAAAUCCAACGGUCAUUGUCCUGUUUCCUCCGACGCCCUCGACGAUUCCCCCUGUGGAGAAAAUAGAGAUCCGUUGCAUCCGACACCCAAAAAACAGGCAAGCUCGAUCGAAACAUGAAUUUGAUUGGUAAUUGUGGAGUUCUUUUAAAAACUUUACAGGGAGCAGGUGAGGCCUGUGUAGCAGCAUGUCUGCAGAACGAGGUUGCAAACAAUCGAUACGUUCGAUGUUUGCCUGGAGAAACGUAUAGGUUUGGGAACUUACUGUUAGACAUAGUGUACUGCAUUUUUUUCGCUCACCGAAUCAUAGAGAAUUAGGUGUAUAUCAUUAGAGGUUUUGGUGUUCUUCAAUGAUGGUGCCUUGAAAAUUUGAAAUGGCUUGUGUAGGAAGUGUCUGGUUGGGAACGUUCUGAAGUUUGUUAUUAACCCCAUUAGAUGCUGUUAUUGGCGAUGCAUUUUCCAUGGAAGAAAGUAAAAUGAGUAUCAUUAGGUGUUAGAUCUUUGAGAAUUGUAGAUAUCAUUUGGGUUUUGUUGGAACUCUCUUAAUGGGAAUAUUUGCCUAUUAACU